AAAAUAUUGGUUUCAUUACUUCGAAAGACCAAAUCGUAUGUGUUUAGAAAGUCGACGUAGUUGACGUUAUGUUCUCUACAGCCAAAGUGGUUGUAUCGUUUCUGAAACUUGUUUUUACUUUAAGGUUUUCGUGGUUUUGGAAUUUUUCAUACUCUAAAUUUUAUUUAUAAGGCCAAUGAAAUAUCAGUGAGCUCUAACUAGAUUGUCUAUCAAACUGUACUGUUCCCGCAUUAGACAACUCUCAUAUUAAACUUCCGAUUGUCAUCGUUAAAAUUAAUACCUUUGUUCAUAGCUACUAGGUUCUUCGAUCAAGCUCUCAUAGUACGUCAUAUGGAAUGGGUCAAUCUUCCUACAUUUUAUUCAGUGCGCUCUCGUGAUAUUAGCAAUGUGUGAAGACUCUUGGAUUAAUGAAUCUAAUAUCAAGGACAGAGAUUCUCUUAUUACGUUGGCUAAGAUUCAGGAGCAAGCUGAGCGAUUUAAUGAUAUGGCGUGUGCUAUGAAAAAAGUUGUCGAGAUAUCAAAAACACUUAAUAAUGAGGAGCGAAACUUGUUUUCAGUGGCUUAUAAAAACGUAGUUGGGUGUUGUAGAUCAGCUUGGCGUGUGGUUUCAAACAUUGAACAGCGAUUGGAUGACCAGAAGAAAAAACAAGCAGGAGAAUACCGUAACACUAUUGAGAAGGAAUUACAAGCUGUUUGCCAGGAAGUUUUAGAUUUGUUACACGAAUCACUACUCAAAAGUGAAAAUACAGCUGAAGGAAUCGUGUUUUAUAAGAAAAUGGAAGGUGAUUAUUAUAGGUAUUUAGCUGAGGUUUUAACUGGCGACAAACGUGCUGAUGUUGUAAAACAUUCAAGGGAAGCUUAUCAGGCAGCAACGGAGAAGGCAAAUAGUGACCUACCUCCAACUCAUCCAAUCCGUCUGGGUUUAGCUCUAAACUUCUCUGUGUUUUAUUAUGAAAUUGAAAACAAUCCAGAAAAAGCAUGCUCAAUUGCUCAGACUGCAUUUAAUGAAUCGAUCGGGCAGUUGGACCAACCUGAAAGUGGUUCCUUCAAAGAUAGUACACUUGUAAUGCAACUUCUUCGUGAUAACUUAACUUUAUGGACGUCUGAACGUGAAGCUGCUCAGUAACAUAGAAUAUCAGUGGCUACUUUAUUUUUACUUUGAAGAUGUAAUCUCAGAAAUGCUCUUUUCACUCACUUAAUAACGUAUGAACAAAUUUAUUGGUCACUUUAAUUUAGUCUCUUGAAUAAAUUAUGUGCCAAUUAUCGUCAUUAUAUCAUAUGGUAUACCGAUUUCAAUGAAUAUUUGUGUAAAAUUCAACUGUAAGACCAUUCUUGCUAAUGUUCAUGUCCGUCCGUUCAACUAAGAUGAAUGGCUGCUUUAUCAAAUAAAUUGCAAAUUCAUUGAGUCUAUAUUUCACUUGGUUCAUAUACGUUAUUAAUAUGUCAUGUCUAAACAGUAAUGGUUUUAUAUAUUUACAUAUGCAGUGUUUCACAUUAAACAUAUAUAAGUAACUA